GCUGCUGGACGACCCGAUUCCCCGCUCCUUGCGGCUUUCUGUGUCUCGACCCGCCCGUCGCUCUCUGCCUUCUGGCUUGCAUCCAUCCCGUCCAUCCCGUCCAUCUCGCCCCUGUGAAUCCCGUCCAUCUCGCCCCUGUGAAUCCAGUCCGCCAUGGUCAAGACGAUGCUGUCUGCGGCCCUGAUGCUCCUCGCCCCGUCCCUGGUUCUGGCCCAGGAAGGCUCGCUGACCAGUGCCGGCAUCAAUCCCAACUACAAGUGCGACUCUUCGACGUGCACUCUGCCCAAGUGCUACUGUGCCUCGAACAAGCCGCCCAACGGCCUCUCGCCUCAGUCGAUCCCGCAGUUUAUGACCCUCACGUUCGACGAUGCCGUCAACUCGGUGGUUGAGCCUGUCAUUCAGAGCCUCGUCGGCAACAAGACCAAUCCCAACGGAUGCCCCCUCGCCGCCACAUUUUUCGUCUCAACCCAGUACACCGACUACUGGCGAGUCCAGACCCUCUACGGAAACGGCCACGAGAUCGCUGUGCAUACCAUGAACCACGUUGCCCGCCCGUCCGCCAUCGAGAUCCAGGGUGCCCAGACGGCCUUGAACCAGUACGCCGGCGUGCCCAAGAAGGAGCUGGUUGGGUUCCGACAUCCGUUCCUGGACUACAACCAGCAGUCGUUCCAGAACCUCGCCUCGCUCGGGACCUUCAAAUACGAGUCGUCGAUGCCCAUGGAUCCCAAGGGCGCUAUUUGGCCGUAUACCCUUGAUUUCGGUCCAGCCAUCUCCUGUGCCACGGGCGACUGUACCGGCAACUUCAACUUUCCCGGGCUGUGGUCGAUUCCGAUGGCCAACCUGGAGAACCCAGACGGCUCGCUCAAUGCCUCGAUGGACCCAAACGCCCCCAUCGGCAGCACUCUCUCCAAGGACCAGCUCGUGACACUGCUCAAGCACAACUUCCAGCUCCACUACACCGGCAACCGCACACCGAUGGGCUUGUUUAUCCACGCCUCGACGGCAUUGCCUUCGAUCGAGCCUGUGCGUCUGACGGCCUACAACGAGUUCAUCCAGUGGACCCUUGACAACUACCCAGACGUCUACUGGGUCUCGAACCAACAGCUCCUGGCGUGGAUGCAGAAUGCCACCAGCACCGCCGACUCGCUGCGUAACCCAGCAUUGAGCUGCAAGAUCGCCGCCCGGGACGCAUCCAACAUUGAAAUCUGCGACGGCGUGGAUAACAAGGGCGAUGGCCAAAUCGACUCUGGCCUCGUCGAGUCAUGCCAGUACCCGACCCAGAACGCCUACUUUAGCACCUGCUUCGGGUGCCCGUCCAAGGCACCCAACAUCUCCGAUAUCAGCCCGUCCCGCACCUCCACCCGGGGAUUCGUCCCCGAUGCCGGAUGUCCAAACGGUGGCACGUGGAACCCGCUUACCAGCCAGUGCGUCAGCCUGAAGCGCCCGAGCCCAGUCAUCAAGGUUGCUCUGCAGACUGCAACUGGAACGACCACCCCGGGAAAGAGCGGCGCUGCCGGCCGUCUCGCGAGUGGAGUCACUGUCGGAUACAUGUCCGCAGUGGUGGCUGCUCUUGCCGUGGCUGCUCUGGCUUUCUAGAGGAAAGUGAAGCGAGAUGUCCGAGGCCACGAAAUAGACCCAACAGUGGCGAUAGAGUGCGGAGUCAAAAGCAGAUCCCGGAGCAAUGGCCAUCUCGAGUCGAUCGAACCAAUACAGCCCUUCGAAACAGACAUGUGUAGCGGAUAUGCUUGCGGAUUGCCUCCUGUGGCAUCUUCCGCAACGACGAGGAACCGGCAGGCACGUCGCAUGCCCAGCUUGCGUGCAGUGAUGGCAGGAAUAGGCUGAUUCGACCAUGAACAAAG